GCGAAUGUCACCGCUGUGAGAGCGCUGAGGAUUCUAAGAUGAAACAGAAUAUUAUCUGCUCUGAUCGACCAUAAACGGCGUGAGACAUCACAGUAUAACAAGGCGAGUUACAGUCUCUCUACACAGACGUCCAUCAUUCUCAUGGCCACUGUCUGUCUGUGUGUCAUCCCUCUGACGCUGCAGGAGGCUGGUGACGACUGUGUUCCUCCAGUCCAUGAAGUUGUCCCUAUGAAAGAUCAUGACUACAUCCGGGCUAUUGCUGAGUCCUCCAUGUUCGAGUGUGCAGCUGAAUGCAAACUCUUGCCGCUUUGCCAAGCCUUUACCUUUGACGAAGAGCAACGCGCAUGUCAACUCCGAGGGAAAACUGAGUCCAGCAUUAUUGUCGUCAGUGGCGUCUUCUUCAGUAAUAUACAACAGUGGAAAAUGGCAAUGACUAGAGCCUGUGGUCAGACUUCCUGUGGUCCCCAUUCUCGAUGCAUUGUGGGAAGGUAUGGCCAACCGCUGUGUGAAGGUUCUGCAGGAAACCAGGGCAUCAAAAGGUUCACUGCCAGGGAUUACGAGACUAAUUUCAAACAGCAUUUCGAACGCCGGGCAUGGGACGCAGCUUUACAGAUCUGUCAGGCAGAAGGUGGUUCCCUGGUCAAGAUCAACACUUCAGAUAAACAAGACUUUGUCAUUCGUAUCAUCGAUAUGAAGAAACCUUUCUUUGGCGGAGAUUAUUUGUGGAUUGGUCUGAAGGAUGUUACAAAGACCAACACGUUUUUGUGGACAGACAACAGCUCUCUGAAACACAAUCGCUGGGGUGGAGGCCAGCCAUCCAACUUGUCGAGUGGUCGAGGCGGUGAACAACCUGAAGACUGUGUGGCGCUGGUGUCCCACCGUGUGCUUGGCUGGUAUUGGGAUGAUCGCACGUGCAGUGAGAAGAGUAAAUUCUUGUGCGAAAGACCAAUGGAAUAAAUAAGUUACGGUUGUAUUGACGCUACCCUGAAGCCUUUGGCGUUGAUUCCUGUCUAUUGAAAUAAACCCGUGAAGAUCCUGGUAGAACUGAACUUUAGCGAUCCAUGUUUGUCGUUGGAGGCGACUAUCGGGAUCGGGUUUGUUACCCAUGUCAUCGGGACCUGUGAAGAUUGAUGUUCAUGAUAUCAAUCACUCGAUAAUUUACAGUCCGUCUUCAUGUAUCUGGAAUACACAAAGCGAUAAUAAUUCUGACCAAGGUGUCGUUCGGAAACUAGCUACAUCACCAAGACGCUCACAACGCUCAAGAUUUCCCAUUACUCACUCAUGUAGUUAAUGUUUGGUGGAACAACACUCUGAUACAAGUGUUAAUCAUUCUAGGAUUUAUUGGAUCAGACCAUGCCAUUAUCAGUCUGUGGUGAAAAGUCUACUCUCAGACCGCAUUCCCUGAGGAUUAACAUGUCCCACCUUAUGUAUGUGUCUAUACUCUGUACGUUCACACAAUCAGGCAGCGCUAAUCCGUACUACGCUUGUCCUACUGGCA